CAAGUGACCUGAAACCCAUUGGCAUAUGAUUCAGAAACCAAGCGAAGCUAGAUCAAGAAAAAAGAAACAAGCUAGCUGCCGCAGCUGCUGGAGUAGUAGGGGUAAUGGAAAGUACAGAAACUGAGCCGUACUUCGUUUUCAUGAACCACGAUCCCGAAUACGAGCGCCUUCGUGCUGAUCGAACAAAUAGAGGGGUACAAGAGCUUGAUUUAUAUCUAAGUAGGAAGCAUGAUGAGCUGUUGGCAAACACCCUUGAGGCAGGCAGCUACAAGAAGACAUUAUCGUUUGUCAUUGUUGAUGGGUUUUCGGUAGACAUCACCGAGGCUCAGGCCAACGUGCUUAGAUCUGCAAAGGAAGUGAGGAUUGUGGAGAAGAAUCAAGAGCUUGCUUGAUUGGUCAUGACGUUGCUGAGAAGAUGUGAAGAUGUUUGUGGAUGUAGGCUGGGAAGAAAUGCCUUAUAAUUAUUAACUAUAUAUAUAUGUGUGAUAAUAUGAGUACUUAUCUCCAAGGAGAAAUUUGAAUCCAGAUCAAUCUCCUGUACCUAUGUAUUUUAGAGACUAAGCCAUGGUAUUGUCUUGGUGUCUGAUCCAUAUAUAAAGUUUCUGGUCAAUGUAAUAAGUCCGUCCAAGUACUAUAAUAGUUAAUAUUUAAGAAGAAGUCAAGCUUGUGAAAGACAUAUAUAAUUAAAUGGAAUAUGAUCGUAUAUUGGCCAAUGAGUUA